UAAACUCUUUUCUAAAACAUAACCUAUAAACUUAACGUCAAUUAUUGUGUAGUACACAGCUUCUUGUAGAGUAUUUGUUUAUUAAAUUAAUAAUAAAAGAAAAGAGAAAAAGAUAUGGCUCAACCUAUAUUAUCGAAAGCUGAAGCUGAGCUUUAUGAUCGGCAAAUAAGAUUGUGGGGCAUAGAAUCACAAGAGAAAUUAAGAGCCGCUAAUAUACUGUUAAUUGGCGUACAAGGGUUAGGAUCAGAAAUUGCAAAGAACAUACUACUUUGUGGUAUAAAUUCCUUGACUAUAUUAGAUGAUGCAACUGUAACCGAAGAAAAAAUCACUAAGAACUUUUUGUUAGACAGGAAUAGUAUUGGAAAAAAUAUGGCACAGUCAGUAUUGCUAAAGGCUCAGUCUCUCAAUCCACUCGUAAAAAUUGUUGUUGAUACCAACAACAUUUCAGUUAAACAGAAAGAGUACUUUGACAGCUUUACAAUGAUUGUUGCCACUGAUUUGAAAUCGGAGGAUAUAUUAAAACUGGACAAUAUAUGCAGAGAAAAGAAGAUAAAGUUUAUUUGUGGGAAUGUCUAUGGCAUGUUUGGUUAUUCAAUUUUAGAUUUACAAGAGCAUGAGUUUUUAGAGGAGAAAGUUUCCUUACCACCUAAAAAGAGAACUCAUGAAGGUAAACCACUAGCACAAUCUUUGGAAAAAAUUAUAACAAAGGUGCAACGUAAAAUUGUUUAUCCAAACUUGAAGCAAGUAUUAGUACCUACUGUGCCAGUAUCCCCCAAAAAAACAUUAAAAAGACGAAACAUUCUCUACUAUUUAGUUUUAGUUUUGAAUGAAUUUCGCGAUGCAGUGGGGAGAUACCCGUUAUACACAGAGCGAAAAGAAGAUUUGAAAAAGUUAAAAGAACUAAAAGAUUCAGUUGCUAAACGAUUUGAAUUGAAUUCGGAGAAAUUUAAUGACAAUUUGUUAAACGUAAUUUUCGGGGAAAUUCCGCCAAUAUGCUCCAUUCUGGGGGGAAUAAUAGCUCAAGAAGUUAUAAAGGCUGUUUCCUGUAAAGAAGUUCCCGUUCAUAAUUUAUUUUUACUUGAUCCUUACACAUUUUCCGGUUCUGAAGAACUGAUUUGUCAUUGAACGUUGCAAUUUUCUUUCUACUUUUAUACCUAAGUUUUGUAUAAGUUUGAAUCAACGAGUUUUCAAGUUUGUAUUUCCUUUUUUGUAAUAAAUGUCUGAUACUUU